AUGGCUGAAGCUUCUGACGAGCCGCCUCCGCCUCCGCCUGGAUCUCCACCUCCACCUCCCCCUCCGGAUUUGCCUCCCCCUCCCCCUCCGCCUGAGUCUCCCCCUCCCCCUCCGCCUACGCCUCCUCCGCCUCCAGCUCCAAAACUCUUCGCCUUUGGGAGUGAAUGUUUUGAGGAUGGCAAUUCAGCGCAAGAAUGCAUUGACUUCGUGCUGCCGGCGGAACUGGAAGAGCUCCGAACAUCGCACGGGAAGACUUAUCAGUCAGUCGUGAAGCACUACCAUAAAUUCGACGAGUUUCAGCGCAUCAUAGACAAGAGAUCUAGUGCGGUCGAAACAAGCGAGGUCGCCAUUCAGACACCGGGUAUCAGGCGGAACGACCAGAUCAAAGAACUUGAUAGUCAACAUGACAACCUGGGGCACAUCUACAAGUCUCUAGAAAAUCAGCGCGUUGCGGUUGAAUGGAUUAGAGGACUCUUUGUCGAGAAGAUCACACGUCCUACAGUGCUGGGCUUUCAACUCGGAUCUCGGGCAAAGUCCCUGAAGAGUAGGAUCGAGGAUGCGAAGAAUCGAAGAGAUAGGAAGAAGUUGAACAGCCACCGGAUCAGAAGGACGAUGUUGGGGCGGAAGAGGUUACGUGCAGACGGCUGUCACCCUCGUCACUCUGAACUUCAAAAGAAGGCUGCCAAAGCCGCCGAAGUCAUCCCAGAUCUCCACGAUGGCCGCAAGAAUCCAUUGGAUGAUCGGAACUCUAAACUAAGAUGGUUCAAUGUUCACAAAUCAAUCGGUUCCGGGUCGUGCGGGAAGGUAUCCCUCCAGUUGGGCGUUGACAGCAACAACGUGAUUCGUGACAGAGUGGUGAGAAAAGUCGUUACGAUUAUACCAGAAAUGAGGAGAUCACCGGCUUAUUUUCGAGGCAACCUCAAGGUCGAGGUCCACGGCAAUGGCUUCGGAGAAGGCGAUGUCAGCGGCAAUGUCACUGGCAAGAUAUGGCCGCUUGAGUGGGUCACGCAGACACUUGCGUGCAAUGCCACGGAUGCACAGUCUAUUCUGCCUAUACUUGGCGGAUCGACAUUUCCCGACGACGAGAAGAGUUUCACGAUACACACCGCGUACGCCCCAGGCGAUAACCUCCUAGAUCUACGGAACCGAAUGAAAGGACGAUUACCAACGCCGUUUCUGCUCCUGUGUUUCAAGCAACUCGUCGACUCUGGCUUGAUCCUGAAGCAGGGCAGUCUUUUGAAGGCGACUGCACGGGCGGAAUGGGAACAAAUCAUCCACCAAGACUACAAACCAGAUAACGUCUUUCUUAGUCUUCCUGACGAGGAAUACUUUCCUAUGUAUCCACAACCGCAACUGUCGGAUUUUGGGCUUGCGUCUCUGACGAAGGAGCAUGACGAAUUGAAUCCCCAUUACUGGGCGACGGGGAGUGUUGGUCAUGGUUACAAGUCCCCAGAGCAAUUCGCAUUUGAAGACCCGCAAACCGGAACUCCCGUCGACGACUUUGAGAUGUUGUGCCCAUGCAAUGUCUGGGGAAUUGGCACCACCAUGCUGGCGCUCAUACAUACUGCAGAUAAGGACCGUUAUCCAGCAGCGCUCUGUGAUCUCAUUCACAAUUGCAUGAACUUCCAGCCAUGGGAUAGGCUGACGCUGGAGCAUCUACAGGCGGAGAUCGCGAAGCUCAUAAACGAGGAUGAGUAUUGCAAGAAAGCGGCUGCUGGAGAGAAUCCGCGUGACCGCAAGAAUGAAAUCUCGUGGAAGUCAGAUGGGUACAAAACUGGAAUGGCAUUACCACCACGAUGA